AUGGGAAGUUUAGACAAAAGGAUAUUUGAGUGUGAAGAGAGAAUGGUGAUGGCAUGGGAAGAGAGGAUUCAAGUUUUGAAAAAUGUAGCCACAGGGAUUCUGUACCUGCAUGAAGGUUGGGAAGUUAAGGUCUUGCAUGGGGACAUCAAAGCGUGCAAUGUUCUUCUUGACAAGGAAAUGAAUGCAAGGCUGGGAGAUUUUGGAUUGGCUCGUAUGCAUGAUCAUCAUGGACAAAUUGCCAGCACAACAAGAGUAAUUGGGACAAUAGGAUACAUUGCUCCUGAAGUGAUUCGAACAGGAGCAGUGUCAACUAUGUCUGAUGUGUUUGGUUUUGGAAUAUUGGUAAUGGAAGUAAUUUGCGGGAGAAGAUCAAUUGAAGAACAUAAAGCAGGUCUUAUUGAUUGGUUGAUGUCUCUAAUGGUGGAAGGCCAAUUGCAAAGUGCUGUUGAUGAAAGGUUGAAGGGUAAAUGGGGAUACAGCACAGAGGAAGCUGAAAGAUUGCUUCAUUUGGGUUUGUUGUGUUCAAAUUCAGACCCUGGCAUUCGACCAACGAUGAGGCAGGUUGUGAAAAUGUUGGACGGGGAAAUGGACAACACUGAGGAAGAAAACAUGGAGAUGAGUUUGCUUGGAAAAGUAAAAUCAGCUGCAAUGUGGUCUAAAUGUGCUUUUCCAUGCAGUGGUUACCCAACAUUUGAUGAAAUUAAGAUGUUCAGUUUCAAUUCUAAGACCUCUGGAAGUGGCUCAACCACUUUUCCAGGAUCAGAAUCAGAAAUCAUCAUAGUAAACAGAUAA